CGGAUCCGUUUGAUUCAGUUGCCAUCACGGAUCACACGCGUGUGAGGACUAAAAUAUGUCUUUCAUCAAAAAUUUCGUGGACGGUUACAAUGACCUGAUGAUCAACAGAAGAGAUCCUAGGGUGGACGGAUGGCUCUUUAUGGGCUCGCCAUUUCCAACUCUAAUCAUGUGCUCGUGCUACAUCUACUUCGUUAAAUCCCUUGGCCCGAGACUGAUGCGCGACCGCAAACCUUUCGAGCUUCGUGGUGCAAUCAUCGUUUAUAACAUCAUUCAAGUACUUGCAAGCAUCUACCUAGUGUACAAGGGCUUAGUGCACGCUUGGUUGUUCCGCUACAGUCUUCGCUGUCAACCGGUCGAUUACUCCGAUGACCCAGAUGAGGUGAUUGUCGCCCAGAUGUGCUGGUGGUAUUAUUUCUGCAAAUUCACCGAGUUCCUCGACACCGUUUUCUUCGUGUUGCGCAAAAAGUUCGACCAAAUCACCAACUUGCACGUCAUUCACCACAGCAUUAUGCCAGCCGCUUGUUGGUGGGGCGUUAAAUUCGCUGCCGGUGGUCACGGAACAUUCUUCGGAAUGCUCAACACUUUUGUCCACAUCAUCAUGUACACUUAUUACUUGUUUUCAUCAAUGGGGCCCAAGUAUCAGAAGUACCUGUGGUGGAAAAAGCAUUUGACCACUAUGCAAAUGGUCCAAUUUGUGAUGGUCUUCUUGCAUUCGGCUCAGCUUUUCUUCAUCGACUGCAACUAUCCCAAAAUUUUAGCUUACGCCAUGUGCUUCAACGCGCUCAUGUUCUUGAGCCUCUUCUCCAACUUCUACAUCCAAGCCUACAUCAAACGUCGUCGGCUGCCUGCCAUUAAGAAGGAGGAUGACGCGAAGGCGGCAGUAACUAACGGGAAAGCCAAUGUUGCCAACGGUAAAACCAAUGACAAGGAAGGCCGUGGAGUUGGAAAGAUGAUCAGCAAUAUUAUGAGCAACACAACAAAUGCUUGUUACAUCGGACAGAAUGGUCUUUAUCAAUCGAACAGCAAAGACAAAUCGAACGGCACUUCAAAAACGCAGAAGAAAAAUCUGUAAAAAAAAUAUCGCCCAAACUCAAAAUUGCGAAGGUGUCAUCCUGUUUUGCAUUUGUUGUUUCUCUUAAAAUUAUUGACUCGGUCAGUUGUUGUAUAUACCAAAAGUUUUGUCCACUAUUAAGUUAGCAGAAAGUUGUAGGUAAUUGCUUCUCCGAUAUCGGAGGAGCUUUGCUCUUAAGUGCGACACAAAAGACGACGAAAAGAAAUCAUUCGGAUGUAUAAGGAAGAUGAAAAUGGAACGACUAUUUUCACUUCUGGCUAGCAUUGUGACGCAAUUGUUUCCAAUACAAGAUAGAUUUUAAUAUU